AUGAACGAUAUCAACCUCAUUACUGGCAACGCCAAUAAGAUAGCAGACAUCAAGGCUACUCUCGCUCCAGCUGGAAUUACCGUUCACAGUCAAUCUCUCGACAUACCUGAGAUACAAGGAUCGAUCGAAGAAAUCACAAUCGCCAAAUGUCGCAGAGCGGCAGAAAUGGUUGGCGGUCCGGUUGUCGUAGAUGAUACGGCGCUCUGCUUCAAUGCGAUGGAUGGCAUGCCGGGACCCUACAUAAAAUUCUUCCUCGAAGCUAUGGGUCCUGAAAAGCUACAUCUCCUGCUAGCUGGCUUCUCAGACAAGACCGCCCAAGCUGUUGCGACUAUCGGGUAUUGCCAGGGUCCUGGUCACGAACCCCUCCUUUUCCAAGGACGGAUUAACGGGACGAUUGUGCCUGCAAGAGGUGUGAUGCGAUAUGGAUGGCAGACAUGCUUUCAACCUGAUGGGAUGGGUUUGACAUUGGCGGAGAUGCCAGAUGAAGAGAAACAUAAAAUGUCGCAUCUUGGGAUAGCUUUGCAAAAGUUUACUGCGUGGCUGAAGGGGGAUCAGCAUCCUGCUGAUGCCAUGGGCUCCGCUCCAUGACGAGAACAGAGACGUAGAACACCUGCUGAAGACGCGCGAGGGGAACUAUCCCUAGAAUGACGAUCACGC